AUGCAAGUUGUCACUUGAGCCGGUGGAGAAGCCAAAUCUCUGCUAUAUAAACGCCUGUUUGCUUUUGUUUUGGAUAUCAGGGAGGAGUUCCUGUGCUCCUCUGCAGGAAAAUUCAGAGUUUGAUUUAGAUAUCAGUUAGAGAAAGGAGUUUCUUUGCUCCUCUGCUGGAGAAUUCAGAGUUUGAUUUGGUGAUCAGUCAGAAAAGGAGUUCAUUCAGUCUUGUGCAGGAACAAGUAGAGUUGGUUCUGUUAAGUGGAAGAUAAGUAGAGGCAUUAUAUGCUGUUGUUUUGGCUCUCGAGAGUGUGACAUGGUGGAGUUUGAACGGGGAAGAGGCGGCGGCCUCUCCCCCCGGAUUGUUACAGUGCUUUUGCUGGGAUUCCUUGCCAGCAUUAGCAAUGCUGCUUCUGCAAAUGCAGGGAAGGGCCGUAGUCUGAGUGAAUAUGAAUACACUUCUCCUCCUCCACCAUCGCCAUCACCUCCUCCUCCAUACUAUUACAAAUCCCCUCCACCUCCAUCACCAUCUCCUCCUCCUCCAUACUAUUACAAAUCUCCUCCACCUCCAUCACCAUCUCCACCUCCUCCAUACUAUUACAAGUCUCCUCCACCUCCAUCACCAUCUCCUCCUCCUCCAUACUACUACAAGUCUCCACCACCACCAUCACCAUCUCCUCCUCCACCCUAUUACUACAAGUCUCCACCCCCGCCAUCACCAUCCCCUCCUCCUCCCUAUUACUACAAAUCUCCACCCCCACCAUCACCAUCCCCUCCUCCUCCAUACUAUUACAAGUCUCCACCUCCACCAUCACCAUCUCCUCCUCCUCCUUAUUACUACAAGUCUCCGCCCCCACCAUCACCAUCUCCUCCCCCUCCAUACUACUACAAGUCUCCACCCCCGCCAUCACCGUCUCCUCCCCCUCCCUAUUACUACAAGUCUCCACCCCCACCAUCGCCAUCUCCUCCUCCACCUUACUAUUAUAAGUCUCCACCCCCUCCAUCACCAUCUCCUCCUCCACCUUACUACUACAAAUCCCCCCCUCCACCCUCACCAUCUCCUCCUCCACCCUACUACUACAAGUCUCCCCCUCCUCCAUCACCAUCUCCUCCCCCGCCUUACUAUUACAAGUCUCCACCCCCUCCCUCACCAUCUCCUCCUCCUCCAUACUACUACAAGUCUCCACCCCCUCCAUCACCAUCUCCCCCUCCGUACUACUACAAAUCUCCACCGCCACCAUCUCCUGAAUACCACUACAAAUCUCCUCCACCACCAUCUCCUUAUUACUACAAAUCUCCUCCACCACCAUCUCCCUAUUACUAUAAGUCUCCUCCUCCACCUCCUUAUCACCAUCCAAUCCUCGCUACAGUGUUGGUGGUGGGUAGGGUUUGGGGCUACAAAUGCUACAACUGGACGAAGCCUGAGGACUCUUAUGACAGGAAAGCUCUCAAUGGUGCUACUGUUGUUGUAACGUACAAGGUUGGAAACAAAACAUUAAAGGCUUAUGGACUGACCAAACAUGAAGGCAAAUACGCGGUUCAGCUUAAAGGGUAUAACUACAAGAAGUGGGGAGCCAAGAGUGUGAAGGCUAAGCUUUACAAGCCACCCAAAGAUUCUGUCUUCAGCGUGCCCACUAAUGUGCAUUACGGGAAAUCGGGAGCUUCGGUCAAACUUAGGUCCAAGUCUUCUGAGAAGAUAGUUCUCUAUGCUAAGGAUUUCUUUUAUGCACCUUCAAAGCCAUACACCCAUUGUCAUAAAAAAUCUUCCCAUCCUUACUAUUAUAAAUCUCCUCCACCGCCAUCUUCUCCAUAUUAUUAUAGCUCCCCUCCCCCUCCAACAUAUUACUACAAAUCUCCUCCUCCACCAUCCCCUUACUAUUAUAAGUCGCCACCUUAUCACUACAAUUCUCCACCACCACCAUCUCCAUAUUAUUAUAUGUCUCCUCCACCUCCACCAUACUAUUACAAAUCUCCUCCUCCACCUUCACCGUCGUCUCCACCACCAUACUAUUAUAAGUCACCCCCACCUCCAUCUCCUUCCCCACCUCCUCCAUACUACUACAAGUCUCCGCCUCCACCAUCACCUUCACCAACUCCCGUGUAUUACUACAAGUCCCCACCUCCACCAUCACCUUCAUCUCCUCCCCCAUAUUAUUAUAAGUCUCCACCUCCACUAUCACCAUACUCUUCUCCACCCUACUACUACAAGUCCCCCCCUCCACCAUCCCCAUCCCCUCCUCCACCAUACUACUACAAGUCCCCUCCUCCCCCAUCACCUUCUCCUCCACCACCAUACUAUUACAAGUCCCCUCCUCCCCCAUCACCUUCUCCUCCUCCCACAUACUACUACAAAUCACCUCCUCCUCCAUCCCCAUCUCCCCCUCCACCAUACUACUACAAGUCUCCUCCUCCACCAUCUCCUUCCCCACCUCCUCCAUACUACUACCAUUCCCCACCUCCACCAUCACCUUCACCUCCUCCCCCAUAUUACUACAAAUCCCCACCUCCACCAUCACCAUACUCUCCUCUACCUUACUAUUACAAGUCCCCCCCUCCACCAUCACCAUCACCCCCUCCACCAUAUUACUAUAAGUCUCCACCUCCACCAUCACCAUCCCCUCCUCCACCAUACUACUACAAGUCCCCUCCUCCCCCCUCACCUUCUCCUCCACCACCAUACUAUUAUAAGUCCCCACCACCACCAUCACCUUCUCCUCCUCCCCCAUACUACUACAAGUCCCCUCCUCCUCCCUCGCCUUCUCCUCCACCACCAUAUUAUUAUAAGUCCCCACCACCACCAUCACCUUCUCCUCCUCCCCCAUACUACUAUAAAUCACCUCCUCCUCCAUCCCCUUCAUCUCCACCUCCUUAUUAUUACACCUCACCCCCUCCUCCAUCCCCAUCUCCCCCUCCACCAUACUACUACAAAUCUCCUCCUCCACCAUCCCCAUCACCUCCCCCACCAUAUUAUUAUAAGUCACCACCUCCACCAUCCCCCUCUCCUCCUCCCCCAUAUUACUACAAAUCACCUCCUCCUUCGUCUCCCUCGCCACCACCACCCUACUACUACAAUUCACCUCCUCCUCCAUCUCCCUCACCUCCACCACCCUACUAUUAUAAAUCACCUCCACCUCCAUCACCAUCUCCACCUCCACCAUACUACUACAAAUCCCCUCCACCCCCUUCACCUUCUCCUCCACCACCACCAUCACCCUCUCCUCCUCCCCCAUACUACUACAAAUCACCUCCUCCUCCAUCUCCUUCACCUCCACCUCCUUAUUAUUACAAGUCACCCCCUCCUCCAUCCCCAUCUCCCCCUCCACCAUACUACUACAAAUCACCUCCUCCUCCAUCCCCAUCCCCUCCACCUCCCUACUACUACAAAUCUCCACCCCCACCAUCUCCUUCACCUCCACCUCCCUACUACUACAAGUCUCCUCCCCCACCAUCACCUUCCCCCCCACCUCCCUACUACUACAAAUCACCUCCUCCUCCAUCUCCUUCACCCCCACCUCCCUACUACUACAAGUCUCCUCCCCCUCCAUCUCCAUCCCCACCACCACCCUACUAUUACAAGUCUCCACCACCUCCAUCUCCUUCCCCACCACCACCUUACUACUACAAUUCCCCACCUCCUCCAUCUCAUUCUCCUCCACCAUACUAUUACCAGUCUCCACCUCCACCAUACUAGACCGCUGUCAGCAAGAGUGUUGCCUUCCAUUAGGUCAUGAAACAUAUAACACAAUAACUGUCUGCUCACAUGAAGCAGCGAUUUUUGGGACAGUACCACCCCCAUCUUAUUUAUUGUUUGAGAGUGUUAAAAUAACACUGUUCAGAAAGCUUGCGAGUUUUGUGAACCAAAGAAGAUCAGUGUUGCUAGUUGUACUACUGGUUAGUAAUAAGUUGAUUGCAGGUAAAUAGUUUCACUCAGGCAGGGCAUUUGAAGCGCAACAAACCAUUUGGCUGUCUUCAGCACUGAAGAAUCCCAGGGAUCUCUUUUUAUGCUCUCUCUCUGUGUACAGCAUUAUUUAUUCUAUUUCUCUCACUAUUGGGAGGAAUUCAUUUAUUCAUAGCUGCACUAUUGAAUAAAAUUGAAUAAAGUGCCAGCUAAAUGACUCAUCGAUCUCCAGUCUUCUGUUCAUUUUAUGUAAUUCAAAUUCUUAUUUAUAAAAUCGAUGAGCAUUUUCUAUUCAA